GCCCGAGAGGUCGAAUGCUAGUAGUGGCACCGGCAGCAGUAGUUAGAGAGCGAGAUGUGGGUUAAAGUUGAGCGGUGGGGAGGGGAAAAUGCUGAAGAGGCCGAAGCGCAAGAUCGGUUCAACUGAUCGGUUCAACUGUUCCUGCGCAACUCCUGGUACCGUGGCUGCGUCGUGCGCGGGACCGCAGCCACUUGCACCACCGUAUUGCGAGUACUGUGGAGUAUCGCCGGUUCUCGGCUUCAGGAAAAUUUUGUCCCUCGUUUGCCUCGCACGAGUUUACCGAUGACGAAACCGCAUACACGAUCACCGGUACGAAGGGGUUUUUUAGAUCUGAGUCAACAUACCUUAAUUAUACAUACGUCGACUCACUGAUCAGGUACUUGUGUGAUGACUUUUAUCACCAUUGCAGCUCGCAAACGGCGACGUGUAAAAGUGCUUGUAUUUCCAGCUGCUCUGCAUUCAACUCUGCACGCCUCCGAGCUCGGCGUGCGGUCACGUGCUGAGUUUGGACGUCGCCUUGGCAAUGUUGAUGCGUUUGCUGCAGUCAUCACGUGCUGCUUACCUUUGGAACAUUGAAGACCUGCAACAAGCCAUAACUCUUCGCCGAUGUACUGUCUCGAAGAGCAGAUCAAGUCUGCGCCGAUGAACUCUAGCAGACCCAAAGUGUCCUCUUGUCCAAGCAAAGAAAUGCGGCGGGCGGUCCUUUUAAUGCAAAAGUGACAAUCCGGGGUAGGCAAUGUGACAUCUUGGGCUCCACAAUUAACCUGCUCCAACCGAACCACCGUUCAUGAAACAAUAUCAAAUGUAACAGGGCGUCCGAUGAAUAAUACAACAAUUCCAUCCAGAUUGGGGAAUUUCAAACCUUUCUUACUGAUAAACUAUAUACAACCUUUCUUUCUCUUAAACUGCUAGGCAAAUCCAUAGCACCAUUCAAUACCCAUCAUCACAGAUUCAUCUUUUGCCAUGAUUGAAAGAAAUCAGUAUUUUCCGGACGACAACAUGCCAGCAAUUCAGCAGCCGUGGAUUGAGACUCCGCUGAUCGAAUCAGCAGAACUCUCAAAGCUCGCAGGAUGUCGUAUCUUUCUGAAACUCGAGAAUCUUCAACCAUCGUCAUCCUUCAAAUCCCGAGGCAUCGGGAACCUGAUGCUGCAAUCGAUUCGUGAUCAAGCGGCGGACUCGUCCGAUUCACGACCGCUACACUUCUUCUCCUCGUCAGGCGGAAACGCCGGACUCGCAUGCGUCACGGCCGCCACACGGCUAGGCUACAAGGCAUCCGUUGUAGUGCCAACAAGCACCGACGACCGGACGAUUGAAAAGCUGCGCGCCGCGGGAGCCGCCGAAGUCUUAUCGCACGGUGACAGCUGGUUCUACGCCGACCAGUAUCUACGCGAAGUAGUCAUCCCGACGGCCGAGCAACGCGGCGAAAAGGGAAUCUACAUCCACCCGUUCGACCACCCGGCGAUCUGGGAUGGGGCCGCGACCAUGGUCGACGAGAUCAAAUCCCAAAUGCCAGACGGCGAGAUCCCGGACGUCGUUGUCUGCUCCGUCGGCGGAGGUGGUUUGUUUUCCGGGAUUGUGAAAGGCAUCGACCGUGCCGGAGCAAAAUGGGCCAAUCAUGUACGUGUUUUGCCCGUUGAAACGCUGGGAGCAGACUCUCUGGCCCAGUCGGUCCAAAAGGGCGAACUUGUAACUUUGCCCGGCAUCACAUCCAUAGCUACGUCGUUGGGCGCCAUCCGCGUGUCCGAGCAUGCCUUCAAAGAAGCCCAGAGAUCCACUGUUACGCCUGUCAUUGUCGAAGACGCAGAAGCCGCCUCGGCGUGCUGGCGGUUUCUGGAUGACGAGAGGUUUCUGGUCGAGCCGGCGUGUGGCGCAAGUGUGGCCAUGGCUUACGAUGGCCGCCUGAAGCACUACUUGGGUUCAAAUUUCCUUCCAGACACAAAAGUCGUCAUCAUCGUUUGUGGCGGGUCCAAGAUCUCGCUGGAUCUGUUGAAUAAAUACCGUCAGACCUACGAGAAACACAGCGAGGAGUUGGCUCUGAACUACUCACCCAAGGGCGCGGAAUGAACACUAUAAUCCCCCGAUACAGUGCCACGAGCGAGUGCAUCAGGAAGCGAGAAGGUAGCUGGCAUCGAAACACUCCCACAGAACCUUCGCAAGGAGAACACCUCGCCUCACACGAGACUAAUCUAUUCGUCGAAUCGAGCGUCUUCCACCAUGGAACAUUGUACAUCUAAGUUCUCUUUGGACCAGACCACCAAGAAUCAGCAAUUUCAUCACAGUCACAAGAAAAAGACUCAAAGAUCAGGACCAUGACCAUGACCAUGACCAUGACCACAAAGGGGGUUGAGCCAACGAGAUAGACCUGCUUUGGAUAAACCAGUCCGGAUCAACACAACACCAGCUGAACUACCAAAAUCAUUAAUACCUAGUCAUGAGCAGACAUAAUAUCAAUAUCCAGUGUACACUAUACACACACACGCACUCUGAACCGACAGCCAGAAAGCGACAUACCCUUCAUUAUCGACGCCACAACUUAAAGGGCGGCAGCGACCGCGGAUGAUGCGCCACAAUCCAUUGAGGUUCCCAAUCUCUUACAACCAACAUCACCUCGGGCAGGAUCCUGGCCUUGCUUGCCAACGAGGAUAGAAACGAUCCGCUGGGUACAUAUCAUAACACUCAAUCUAUUCGAAUGAACAAUAAUAUACUACCUCUGAAAUAGAAAUAGAAAAUAUCACAUAGAUGUAGUAUUGUAUGUGAAUCUUAUUACUUCCAUCCCC